AUGUGUGUGAGUUCUGGGAAAACAGAGCUUCUGGUUUGUCAGGUGUGGAUUGCUACAGAUAAGAAAACACAUUCCAGGGCUGACAAAGCUUGUGAUCAAAACAUUGCCAUAGAUGACCCUUUUGUCCUGGUAUACGAGCGCAGAGUUCAAGGGCGGAAUCGCAGCGGGAAACCAUGCGAUCCGCCUGGUGUGACUGAGGUGCCUUUAGAAAAUAAUGGCACCGCCAUCGGCUGUGGUGGGUGGCUCCGUGACCGCUCGGCAAUCCGUGUGGUUUCCUGCACGAUUGCCGCACAGUCACAGAUUGCGCAAGUCAUGGGGAACUCAUAUGCAGGGCAGCUGAAAUCUGCCCAGUUUGAGGAAGCUCUUCACAAUUCAAUAGAAGCCUCCCUAAGAUGUAACAGUGUAGUUCCACGGCCAGUGUUCUCACAGCUUUAUCUUAAUGCAGACAAUUCCACAUUCACUCCAGACGGUGUUGAUGUAAAGCCAAAACUAGAGGAACUGGAUAAGGAUUUUGCCCAGCGGUACACUCAGAAUGGCAGCCUGGAUUUCUCUAACAGCCAGACAGUGUGUGAAAUGGACGACGGCGAUGAUGAUGUUGACGAUCUGUCUGAUUCGAAUAGUCCUCCAUUGCCCUACACGCAGAAGCCACCUCCAGAGGGCUCUUGCACUGUAGAUGGGUUCUGCCAAGCAGGGAAAGACUUGCGAUUGGUGUCGCUCUGCAAAGAACAGGUUGAGGUUCCAUCAGGAUUUCUAUUAGUCGGAGUGAAGAAUCCAUCUCUCCCAGAUCACAUACUUGUCUGUGCAGUAGAUAAAAGGUUUCUUCCUGAUGAUGAUGGCAAAAAUGCACUUUUAGGGUUCUCUGGAAAUUGUGUUGGCUGUGGAGAGCGGGGUUUCAGGUAUUUUACAGAGUUCUCCAAUCACAUAAACCUGAAACUCACAACUCAACCAAAGAAGCAAAAGCACUUAAAAUAUUACCUGGUGAAGAACUCCCAGGGAGUACUCUGCAAAGGGCCAGUUAUAUGCUGGAAAGAGCCUCGAAGUCGACCCCUUCCUGCUCCAGUUGCAAAGCCAAUCACUCCCCUCUCAGAAAAUGGAAGCAGUAAUGGAUACAAGUCCAGAUUCUCUCCUUCAGAGGUACAAUCUUUUACCUAUGCCAAAGCUCCUGCUGUUCAUUCGAGCACCCCUCAGGAUCUGUCCCGAAAUAAGAGCAUUGUGAAGCCUUUGCCACUACCAGUGCAUCCUUUAGGAAAGACCUUUCCUUCUGCACCUGUUUUAUAUCAAUCACAAGAAACCAAUGGAACCACAAGCGGACUAAGGGGCACUUUGCUAAAUCCUGCAUGUUCUCAGCCACUUUCUCACUCUACAUCACCAAGUCCUGGCAGCAUUGCUGGAGAAAUUGCAGUGAUGACUUUUUCUGGUCCGCCAAAGAAAAGACACCGGGGAUGGCCUCCCAGUUCACCAGUUCAAACACCUGCUUUGGCCUUUCCUGCACCACCUAUACGCCCAGUAACAAGACCAGUCACUGUGCCGCAGCCAGUUUUGGGAGGUGUUUUCCAGCCACAGCCGAUCCCAGCAGGGGAAACUGUAAUCGUGCCAGAAAAUCUGUUGAAUAAUUCUGGAGUCAGGCCUGUUAUUUUGAUAGGCUAUGGUGCCUUGCCAUAUUUCUAUGGUAAUGUUGGCGAUAUUGUCGUAAGUCCAAUGUUGGUGAACUGCUACAAGUUACAGGAGUUGGAAAAGAAGGAACUGGAUCAGAUGGGAGUGGUCAGCAGCCAGUUCCUGAGCGUAGAAAACCUAAUUCUUCUCACUAUCCAAUAUCUUGUGAAGCUUGGUCCCGAUCAAAUACCCAUUCGUGAAGUGUUUGAGCAAAUUGUGCUUAAGGCUCUACAGGAGUUUACCUAUAAGGAGCGCUCUUUGCCUAUGACCUCAUCUGGCAUGUUGGUGACACAGGCCCAGUUACCUUGGUUGGCCCGUUUGUCAGCUAGUGUUUCUCAAGAUUUGGUUCAUGUUCUUGUUACCCAGAACUCUCUAGCAGAGGGCAUCUCUGAGACUCUUCGAUCUUUGAGUGAUAUCAAACCCCAACAGAAGCUUCCUGACUAUGUAGUAGCAAUCUGUUGCUCAAAGUUGCGAGGGAAUGAGUUCUGUGUUAUUGCUCUUGGCAAAUAUCAAUCCCGAGUUCUAGCAGAGAGCAUGCUGACAACCAGCGAGUUCUUAAAAGAGAUCAGCUAUGAGCUCAUCACGGGAAAGGUUAGCUUCUUGGCCUCACACUUUAAGAACACAUCCACAG